CUUCCUCCUCGCGCGAGCGCCUCCAUCCACCGCAGCGCAGGUUCAUCUCCCCUCUCGCUCCCGACCGGAUUACAUCUCCUUAAUCUUCCCAAAUUCGUAACCGAGGCAAAAAAAUCAAGGCCCCGUGAAUUCGACUCCUUUUGGGUUUGGUUCAUCGAUUCCUUGCAUCUGGUUGGCAGGGAGCAGUAAUGGCGGGGAGGGCCAAUAUCCCGGCCAACAGCUCCGCGCUCAUCGCCAUCAUCGCUGACGAGGACACUGUCACUGGCUUUCUCAUGGCUGGAGUUGGCAAUGUUGAUCUGCGCAAGAAAACAAAUUACCUUCUUGUGGAUAACAAAACGACAGUAAAACAGAUUGAAGAUGCAUUUAAAGAGUUCACUGCAAGGGAGGAUAUUGCUAUUGUGCUCAUCAGCCAAUAUAUUGCAAACAUGAUAAGGUUUCUGGUCGAUAGCUACAACAAGCCAAUUCCUGCUAUAUUGGAAAUCCCAUCCAAGGACCAUCCAUAUGAUCCAGCAAAUGAUUCGGUCCUUUCUCGCGUGAAGUAUCUGUUUUCGGCUGACUCAGUUGCUUCUGAUAGGCGAUGAAUAACAUGUUCUGCAUUUAAAAAGCAGAGUUAUCCACUUGUUCCAUGUAUCUGUAUUAAAUUAUUCGUACAAUUCUGCUGUGGGCCGGAAAAACAAGAAUGAAUAAGAAAUUAACAAUUUGGAUUUGACCAACGGGUGAAUGUAAUAAAAUUUUUGUUUAGAUUUUGUUUGUAUUCACUGGAUGAUAUAUAUAAUACCUAUCAUUAUCACAA